CCAUCCGAGCGAUAAAGAGAGUAGCACCUCGCUUCAUCAGCCACUUCCGCUAAUGUUCCCACAUGUACCAAACCCAAACAGCAGCUAAGUUUGCCAGCUGGGAAAAAUUGAGUUGACAAAUCGAGUUGGGUUUUUUUUUUAGCUGUUAGUUACAUAUAUAUUCACAGGUAACAUGCUUCUUUUUUGUCCGACCUGCGGAAAUGUUUUAAUUGUCGAGGAAGGACAGAAGUGCAUGAGAUUCGCCUGCAACACCUGUCCGUAUGUACACAACAUCACAAGAAAGGUAAAUAACAGGAAAUAUCCGAAGCUGAAAGAGGUGGAUGAUGUUCUUGGUGGCGCUGCAGCCUGGGAAAACGUGGACUCAACUCCUGAAACCUGUCCCAAGUGUGGGCAUCUUCGGGCGUAUUUCAUGCAGAUUCAGACCAGAUCAGCUGAUGAACCGAUGACGACUUUCUACAAAUGUUGCAACGCUCCGUGUGGACAUCGAUGGAGAGACUGAAACCCUUUGCACUUUAAAAACUGCAACGUAUUUAAUGCUUAUAUGGCAAAGAUCCUCCCCCCUUACCUCCUAUUUGAGCCUAUAUUUAUCCAAACAGGCUCUUUUUGAUGACUUUGUUUGUGCAGUUUCUCUCCUGUGUGAGGCCCAGCUAAAGAAACAUUUUCUUUACUCUUUGCAGAUUAUAUUUACACAUUCACCUCAUUUUCCAAAUAACAUUAAAAUGAGCGUCAAGGAAAAGUCAUGUUCUGAUUUUUAUUGAUAAAAUAGUACCUGUAUACAACAGUCAAACAAAUUUUUGACUUACAUAGUUAUACAUAUCACAGACAUUUAGAGAGCAAUGCAGACCAGCAUUAUCCACAACAAUGGCAUACAGUACUUCGUAUUAAAAGUUUAAUGCAAUCCUUCAAC